CUCACCGCAGCUGUUUGUGCAGAAAUCUCUCACUUUGACUUGUUUUUCUUCUUCUUCUCUACAUGAGCGGUGCCCAUGCCAGAGCCCAGAGCUGCCGCGUUAAGAGAAGAGAACCAAUCCACAGAGCUGUUCGCUCCGCUCACGUGCUGUCUGAGCAGCAUGCCACAGAUAAGGACAGAGCAACAGCAGGCAGGACUUUGCUCCUGAUCUUCACCUGCACACCGAGUAACAGCAGCAGAAUACGGUUCAACACCUCAUCCAGGCUGAGCUGCACCACUUUAUAGACUGUUGAAGUCCUGCACGUGUGGAUCUGAGGAGUCCUGUUGACAGAAUACCUUUCAGGACUAUGGCUUCCAGCUCUGUGGGCAGACGGCUGGCGGCGUGUCUCCUCAACGUCUCCGAGGCUCGCCGGAAGGACCUGGUGGAGACGGUGGCCAAGGCGGCGCUAUACGACCCCGAGGGUGUCCGACGCGAGGGCACCGCCGUGCUGAACAUCUUUAACGACCACGACUACAACCGCUCCGUCAUCACCAUCGUGGCCAGCAUCGACUCCCUGGGGGAGGCCGUCCUGUCCGCCUGCGAGAAGGCGUGCGCGCUGAUCGACAUGAGCGCGCACACCGGGGUCCACCCCUGCAUGGGCGCCGUGGACCUGGUGCCCAUCUACCCCCUGGGCGAAGAGGUGGGAGCAGACCGCUGUGCUCAAGAGGCCCUGGCCGUGGCCCGGGGGCUCACGGAGCGGGUCCGGGGCUCCAGCGCCUUCCUGUUCGGCUGGGCGGACUCCCCGCUGCAGAGGGGGCUGGCUCAGAGGAGGAGGGAGAUGGGCUGGUUCAGGAAGAGGCCGGAGCUGCAGGACAUCAGGUCGGACGUGGGGCCGCAGCCACAGAGGAGGUUUGGCCUCACAGGUGUCGGGGCUAGCCCGUACGUCAUGAACUGCAACGUCACAAUCGACACCCAGGACCUCGCCAUGGGCCGUGGCAUCGCCGCAGCCAUCAGGGAGUCGACCCCAGGGGGCUUGCCUGGCGUGCAGGUGCUGGCUUUACCACACGAGGGCGCUGUUGAAAUCGCGUGUAACGUAGAAAGUGUGAAGGGCGCGGCACCCAGCAACCUGACCGCGUUGACGCCGUGGCCGUCUUUCACCAUUGGGGGUCAGCCGUACUGCCACGCUCCAUCCGCCCUCAUCACGGCGAGGGUCGCCGAGCUGGCGGGGAAGCACGGCGUCGGCACCAAGGGAACUGCCCUGGUGGGCUUCACCCCACACGAGUGCCGGGGUUUAGCAGAGUUAGCAAUAUCUCAGGGAAUUGCUGAGUACUGGAAAGAGCAGCACAGGAUCAGGAUGUGAAAAUAAACUCUGACCAUGCUAAUCCUACCCUGCUGCUUUUAGCUAUCAAAAUUAGCUAUCAUAGCUUCACUUGACCUCAAAUUCUGGUGCUACAAAAAUACAGUGAGUCCAGACCACUCGAACUUCAUAUUUUUGGUUUUGCUUUUCCACGGUAGUUUUAAGUGUCUCACUUACAAACGAUAGCUGGGGCUAGCAACUUUGUUAGCGGUGUUCAGUUAGAGAUUUUCAAAAAUCUUUGUGAUAUGUUCAAUGUAAUUCAGCUAUAAGCUUUAUUUACAUUUACAUUUACAUUUAAUAUAAUGCAAAGCUAAAAAGUGUUGAAGUUAGAGUGAACAAUUAAGCAGAAAUGCUUAUGAUAACAUUCACGUGUUUUGUAAUUUCCUCCAUAAUUUAUUCAGAUAAUUCAGUUCAGGCUUUUAACAGUUGUGUAAACUUUAGGUUAUUUGCUCUACUAAUAUUUAGAGCUCUACCCUUUUGUUUUACUUAAGUUUUCAGUUUUAGUUUUGAUUUCAAUUUGUCAGUUUAGUAUGGUUAGUUUAAGUCUUUAUUUGUUUAAAAGUUGUUGGUUUACCACCGGUGAGUGGACCUAGUAUCGAGACCUAGUAUCAUCACCAGACUCAAACUGGUUGACAUUUAUAAUCCCAGCUUUAAACCUUUUGGUGUUAUUGUCUUAUUGGUAUUGAUCCUAUCUUGCAAGUGGAUAUUUUUAUCAAAAAUCAAACAUCGCAAAAGGUUUUUUUAAGGGGGGGUCAGAAAAUCUGUGCUAUGCUAGCUUCAGUUUUGAAAAGAAACACAAAUGUCAGAUGGGCAUUUUAUAACUAAUUUCUUCUGAUUUUGGAAACUCCCAAUUCUUCCUACAACUACAGAAUUCAUGUGGUGGAAUAAGCUUGUUAAAAAGACGUUAAAUGAGGUAUAUCUUUAUAAUGGUAUAUAAAGAAGGUUUACUAUUAUCUGUUCAGUUUUCCUGAAACGUCAUUAGUGUAUAUUGUUCAAUUAAUGAAAGAAUGAAGGCGGGGACGCCUUUCCCACAGAGAAAUAAGUAGAGGGUAAACCUAAUUUUUUUCCUUUUUUUUAAUUAGUGCUUUUACAAUUUAGAUCCUGAUGUUUUUUCAAAUGUGUUUUACC